CUUACUGGCCAAGCCUGGCCACUUCAUCUGAAAGUUAAGAAACCUUGCAAGAACUUGUAAGGAGUUGAGUCACUUUCUAACCAUUACAUCAACUUGGUUAGUUAAAAAUGGAGAAUAAUUGGUCAAGGCCCAGUAGGAAUUCUCUGACGCCGGUGAAGCAAGGAAGAGUGGAUAUGAGCCAUCUUAUGCCGAGACAGACAUCCCAGAUAGCCCUUGGCACGGCGGAAACAAAUGGCCAAGUGGAGAAUGGCAGUCUGAAGGGGCAAAACCUGAGUUGUAUUUAGGAAGAACGAUCAGCCCUUUGAAGCAGAGCAGGAGAUCUUCGAGGCUUGAAUACGACGGCCCUACUCCAAGAACUACCUCCGUGGUAAGUCCGGUUCGAAGAAGAACCAGCAGCAAGUCGCCCUACAAGCCUAGAAGAGAUGACAGCAAUGCUCGAACUUUGCCAAUGGCGGGUUCUGAUAUUCAUAGGAACAUCAGCCCCUUGGGAAAGUCCGAGCGCAGGAGACACGUUUCACCUUUUCAAACAGACCGAGAAGAGCGCAAUAUGAACAACGAUGGUGAUGAGAUUGUAGGCUCAAACAGAAACCAACAACAUCAGCGAAGGAACAGCAGAAGAUCAACAGCUGCUCCGCAGCAUAGAUCACCGAGAGAAACUAACCAGCAGAGGAAUCGUUCGAUCACGCCUACGAAAGGGGAGAGGACUCCAUCCCCGUUAUCCAAAAGCAUGGCUCAUCAGAAGCAAGGGCAAGUGAGCACGCCGUCUGUUGGCGAAAUUAACGAAAUGCUUGCCCAUGCAAAGCUUGCUAGAACUUCUCCAAACUCGAUGUUGAAUAACAAAGCUGCUCCGGUUUACGAAAGCUCGGAUUCUAUUGCAGCAGGUGAUAUCUUCUUCUCUAGAGAGUGCGAUGUCAUGGCAUUGCCUGGAAAUCACUUACAAAAUCCGAAAGUGGUUUCCUCUGCUGCCUCUCAACAGAGAAGUACCACUCGAUCAAACAGUAACUUUGAUCAGGAUGUGAACGUCCACGGAUUUUUGUCCCCGUAUGGUCUGUCACAGACAACCACCACCACUUCCAGCUCUGCGGUGAGCAGGCAGAGCAGUGGGAAGCUGAGCAUGGCUAGCAGCAAGACGAGUGAUGCAAGCAGGACGACAACAGCUAGCAUGAGGAAGUUCACGGACAACAGGAGGAAGAGCGAAAGUCAGGCGUGGUUUUCGUGUAUGAGAAAGAGUUCUUGCAAGAACAAAAAAUUAUCACCUGAGCAUAGCGCGUUCAAUGAAGCUGCAUUCAUCGAGAAAGCGUACGUGGUGGAAAGUCUCAGGCAGUUAUGGGCUGAUAAGCAUCGCCCUAGUUCGUUGAACGGAUUCACUUGCCACAAACAAGAAGCUCAAGUUCUCAAGCAACUUGUGAGUAAUUUUCUGAUUAAGUAUGCGCAGACAGAACUGAUAACAAAGUUCCAGUUGAAAAUAAAACUGCAAGACACUAAACAGACAAUACAGCCGUUUAUUGUAUUGGCGUCCCUCCGGUUUUGUUUUUUGUUUUAUAACAAGUUUCAUUUGUGCGUAUUUCACCCAUUUUGAUCGUUUGUUCUGCGUAUUUUUUCUAGCUGCAUACGCAAAUACGUAACAUCUGCAGGCCUUGUGCAUGUUUG